AUGGGUGCUGACAGAUUUGGCAAGGAGAUCGAUCGCCCCAAGAACCAUCCCCCUUGUACGAACGGAGGACAUGUUGCGGGACGGCGGGAUGUAUUUGCCUUCAUGGAGGACAUUAGAUGGAGUCACACUACUAGUGAAGAUGGAGACGGUAAUGAAAAUGUUGUGAAUGUAUUCGUGUCUGGAAAGACAUUGUCGACUCACUGGGACAGAGGAUUGAUUAUUUUCACUUUCAGUGUCACCCGAUUCACAGUACGUAUAUUGCUUGGAACUAACAAGACAAAGGUAAUCGACAGAUAG